AUGGAGCAAAACUACGCUGCUCUCGUGAAAGGACGGGACAAGCAGCAGCUGCAGCGGAUGCUGGAGAUGAAGGGGAUCAAAUCGCAAUCCUCCUCCCUCCAAGUCUUCGACGUCGUCGAGGAGACGCGCGCAGCCGGACAGGCCCUCACCGAGUCUAUGCGAGAGAAGCUUGACCAGUCCUCGCUCAAGGCCAACUUGGACUCUAUGGCAGGGAAGGUUGUUGGCCAUGUGAGCUCGACUAUGGUCAAGACGUUCACAUGA